AUGGCAUUCUAUUGGCUUUUAAUCAUUGGGAUCGAAAAUUGCACGCAGAUGGCGCCUAUACAGCGAGGUCGCUUCUGGGUGGCGUGUGGUACAGCUUACACACCCGAACGUAAGAGGACACAAGGCGCGAAAUUUCGGAAUGAUAUAGUUGAUUCAUUGAAUGAGCGUCCAGUAAACCGACGCGUAACGUUUUUCUAUAUUUAUCUCAAUCAACGAGCUUUGGAUACGCAUUCGCAAACUGUCCCACAGGACAACUACCACCGUAACAUUAUCAGCCAUCACGUCUUCAGCCGAUCCGCCUUGUCGCUGACCAGCUUGGUCAACACUAGAAGAGGCAUACACCUAAAUCGCACAAGACAGGACAGCUCAAAACAAGUCUACCAACCUUAUCUUUCAAAGACUUGA